GCCACUCGGCGGGCGCGCUGUGGGCUGCUUUGCAUUAUGAGCUGCUCGGCCCUGGCUUUUUUUACUGCCGCAUUUUUCUGUCUGCAAAACUGCCGGCCAGGUCCUGUCCCAUUCCUCCGGGCGGCCUGGAUGUUUUCAGUUGUCGUUGGACUGGUCCAAAGUGAAGCCAAUAGAUGUGCAUCUUCAAACGCAGCGUCCUGCACCAAGUGUCUUGCGCUGGGUCCAGAAUGCGGAUGGUGUGCUCAAGAGGAUUUCAUUUCAGGUGGAUCAAAGAAUGAACGUUGUGACACUGUUUCCAAUUUAAUAAGCAAAGGCUGCUCAGUUGAUUCUAUAGAAUGCCCAUCUGUGCAUGUAAUAUCAAGUGAAAAUGAAAUUAAUACCCAAGUGACACCAGGAGAAGUGCUGAUCCAGCUGCGCCCAGGAGCUGAAGCUAAUUUUAUGCUGAAAAUUCAUCCUCUGAAGAAAUAUCCUGUGGAUCUUUAUUAUCUGGUUGAUGUCUCUGCAUCAAUGCAUAAUAAUAUUGAAAAAUUAAAUUCCAUUGGAAAUGAUUUAUCUAGAAAAAUGGCAUUGUUCUCCCAUGACUUCCGCCUUGGGUUUGGCUCAUACGUUGAUAAAACAGUGUCACCAUACAUUAGCAUCCACCCAGAAAGGAUUCAUAAUCAAUGCAGUGACUAUAAUUUAGACUGCAUGCCUCCCCAUGGAUACAUCCAUGUGCUAUCUUUGACGGAGAACAUCACUGAGUUUGAAAAAGCAGUUCAUAGACAGAAGAUCUCUGGCAACAUAGAUACACCUGAAGGAGGUUUUGAUGCCAUGCUUCAGGCAGCUGUCUGUGAGAGUCAUAUUGGAUGGCGAAAAGAAGCUAAAAGAUUGCUGCUGGUGAUGACAGAUCAGACAUCGCAUCUUGCUCUUGAUAGCAAAUUGGCAGGCAUAGUGGUGCCAAAUGACGGAAAUUGCCAUCUGAAAAACAAUGUCUACAUCAGAUCAACAAGCAUGGAACAUCCCUCACUAGGCCAACUUUCAGAAAAGCUAAUUAACAACAAUAUUAAUGUCAUCUUUGCAGUUCAAGGAAAGCAGUUUCAUUGGUAUAAGGACCUUCUACCCCUCUUGCCUGGAACCAUUGCUGGUGAAAUAGAAUCAAAGGCUGCAAACCUCAAUAAUUUGGUAGUGGAAGCCUAUCAGAAACUCAUUUCAGAAGUGAAAGUUCAGGUGGAAAACCAUGUAAAUGGUGUCUAUUUUAACAUCACUGCCACUUGUCCAGAUGGGACCAGAAAGCCAGGCACAGACGGAUGCAGAAAUGUGACAAGCAAUGACCAAGUUCUUUUCAAUAUAACAGUUACAAUGAAAAAAUGUGAUAUCACAGGAAAAAGCUAUGCAAUAAUCAAACCGAUUGGUUUCAAUGAAACCACUAAAAUUCACAUAUACAAAAACUGCAGCUGUCAGUGUGAUGGCAGCAGAGGACCUAACAGAAAGUGUGCAGAUGAAACUUUCCUAGAUGCCAAUUGUUUCCAGUGUGAUGAGAAUAAAUGCCACUUUGAUGAAGAUCAGUUUCCUUCUGAGAACUGCAAGUCACAUAAGGAUCAGCCUGUUUGCAGUGGUCGAGGAGUCUGUAUUUGUGGGAAAUGUUUAUGUCACAAAAUUAAGCUUGGAAAAGUGUAUGGAAAAUACUGUGAAAAGGAUGACUUUUCUUGUCCAUAUCACCAUGGAAAUCUGUGUGCUGGGCAUGGAGAGUGCGAAGCAGGCAGGUGCCAGUGCUUCCCUGACUGGGAAGGGGAUCGGUGCCAGUGCCCAUCAGCAUCAGCCCAGCACUGUGUCAAUCCAAAGGGCCAAGUGUGUAGUGGAAGAGGCACAUGUGUAUGUGGCAGGUGUGAGUGCACAGAUCCCAGGAGCAUCGGCCGCUUCUGUGAACAUUGUCCCACGUGUCACACAGCCUGCACUGAAAACUGGAAUUGUAUACAAUGCCUUCACCCUCACAACACGUCUCAAGCUAUACUGGAUCAGUGUAAAACCUCAUGUGCUAUCAUGGAACAGCAUUAUUUGGACCAAACAUCAGAAUGCUUCUCUAGCCCAAGCUACUUGAGAAUAUUUUUCAUCAUCUUCAUAGUUACAUUCUUGAUUGGGUUGCUUAAAGUCCUUAUUAUCAGACAGGUGAUACUACAAUGGAAUAGUAAUAAAAUUAAGUCCUCUGCAGAUUACAGGGUGUCAGCCUCAAAAAAGGACAAGUUGAUUCUGCAAAGUGUUUGCACAAGAGCAGUAACGUAUCGACGUGAGAAACCUGAAGAAAUAAAAAUGGAUAUCAGCAAAUUAAAUGCUCAUGAAACUUUCAGGUGCAACUUCUAAAAAGAUAAAAAGUACUGAAUGGGAAACUGGAUUUUUAAUAAUUGCUCCUAAAAAUUGUAAUUUUAGAAGUCACAGGAGGAGACAAAUUAUUCUAAAUCACACCAGUUACUGGUUGUCCUCAAAGACUGACAAGCAUCCUCAUCAUAAUGUGACUCAUAUUGCUGCUGAAAUUUUCAGAGAAAAAUGUGUCUUACUACUGUUUGAGACUAGUGUCAUUGUAGCACUUUACUGUAAUAUAUAACUUAUUUAGAUCAGCAUAGAAUGUAGAUCAUCUGAAGAGCACUGAUUACACUUUACAGGUACCUGCCAUUCCUAUACUUCCCAGAGAGAAACAAUGCUGUGACAUCGUUUUGGCAUUGUGUCACUACAAGGGGACAGUAAGCCCUGCACCUAUGAACAUGCAGAUGAAAAAAAUAAGACAGUUUAAUGUUGCCAAACACUUCAACAACUGGCAAUGAAUAGGGAAGAACAGCUAAACAAAUAAAUGGUUGGUGUUUCAUUCAUUCAAGAGGUGAACAGACAAAAUCUUAAUACUGAGGGAUAUUGCUUCUGAAACUGUACUUUUAUGCAUGUGUUUUAUGUUUUCUUCUUUUUACAAGAUGGAUACUAAUUCCAACAUUCUCUCCUCUUUGCCCUUCCUUAUAUUUUGGUUUUCUUUCUUACAGGAUAAGUUUAUGUAUGUCACAGAUGACUGGAUUAAAUAAGUGCUAAGUUACUACUGCCAUAAAAACCUAAUAAUACAAUGUCACUUUAUUAGAAUUAGUCCAAAAGCUGAAUGCUUAAUAAGGGACACUGUAGAGUAAAAUCAAAACCUGGACGGCUUCUUUGGAGUUUUAUAUCUUCUUGCCUGGUAAACUGGAUGGAUUUGUUUCAUUAUUUCAUCUAACCAUCAGGUUGAAGUUCACAAGAUAUUUAGAAACUCUGCCUUAAGUAAAAUGUCACACUUUUCAGUUUUCUCAGAUAUUUACUCUAAGUAGAUGUUAGCACUGUUCAAAUUAAAAGCUAUGUUAAGCUAUAUUAUUUUUGCCCUUCAAUGCAGCCUAAGGACAUUCUUUCUCUGAAUCACCUCUACCCCACUCACUAAAAUUCUAAAAAUAUACAAUUAGAAGAGGACAGACAAUAUUUUGGAAAUAAGCUAAUUCACAUUUUUAGUCAGUCAGGGAACCAAGGCUCAGAAAGUUUAAAUGCUUUCUUUAAAAUCACCCAAGUGAUUAAGUGGCAGCAUUUGAAAAGAACUUGUAUCUUCUUCUCAGGCCAGUGUCCAUCACACAAUAUCAUGCUACCUCUUAAAUCUUUAAAAUAUUCAAUUAGGAAGUAUUUUUUUAAAUGUGAUUUACUGAACUCGUAAGUAUUCAGGCAUAAGAGAAUUUCAAAGCAAAGCAGAAAACAGUAAUUUGAACUCACUGUUCAUGAUUGGCUUCUAAGAAACUACAGCACUGCCUAACUGCAGGAAAAUCCAUUCACAUGUAGCCUUUGUGAAUAGCACCCCCUGGAGUUGUUCAGGGCUUGGCACAAGAGCUUGAUACAGAGGCCAUGAGCUUUCAUCACCUCCAGUGGAAACUUCUUCACAAUUACCAUAUUCCUACAGACUUAUUCAGUCUGAUUUUAUUGGCUGCAAGACCACUGGUCCUAUAUAUAGUACAUAGUUUUGCCUAUGACAACAGAGGAAUUAAUUUAAAAUGUCUUAUAAAUUAACUUCCCAGAUUUUGUCUUCCAGCACUUGAUUUAAUAAAAAUGCCAGGUAUCUGCAUUUCAAUGAAUACUAGCCACUACCCCAUAUUCUACUCUAAAGAGGAUUUAAGAACAUAUACAGUUGAUCUUUGAACAACACAGAGGCUAGAGGCACUAACCCCUAUGCAGUCAAAAUUAUAACUUUUGACCCUCCCAAAACUACAAAUGGCCUGUUAUUGACCUUACUGACAACACAGUUGAUUAACACAUCUUUUAUAUGUUAUAUGUGUUAUAUAUUGUAUUCUCGAAUAAAAUAAGCUACAGAAAAUGUGUUAUCAAAUUGUUGCAAAUCUCAAAAAAUUUUCCAGUAUAUUUAUUGAAAAAAACUUAUGUAUAAGUGGGCCCCUGCAGUUCAAACCCAUGUCGUUCAAGGGUCAACUGUAGUAAGUUGUUCCGGAGACAACAAACACAGCAGCUCCAUUAGCCGUCCUUUACAGCCAAGCAAUUAUGACGCUAAGUUGAACUGUAUUUCCUUUCUCAAAUGAGAGACUGGGGACACUGACCUAAUUCAGUACUGUGACUUACUUGUAUAAGAUACCUUUGAUUACUAAGAAUAAUGUAAACAUUGUAUUUUGCAGCUGCCUGUCACACACAACAGCCUUUUUUAAAAGCAAGUGGAAACCUGACAGCCCCCCAAAAGGAGAAAAAAACACAAAAAAAUCCAUUCAUUAAAAUGCUGACCAUUUAAAAACUGAACAUUACGAUGUUCAUAUAUAAUGAAACCCUUCAAAAUCAAGGUUUUAUAUUUUCAAACUUCACUGUUUUGCACUGAUUUAUAUUGGACCAAGGCUGUUAACACAGGAAGGAACAACCUUCCUGAGAGGCAAUUCAAUACUAAAUGAUGAUUGUAGUUAUGCUUGUGAUGGCUUAUGCUUUCAUUUUUUUAAACUAAAGAUCUAAUUCUUUAAGAUUUUAAAGUUUAUAUUUUACUUGAAUAAUUGAUAUUUUCCUGUAAAAUGGCUUAUGUGAAAAUAAUAUCUGACUAGAUAGAAUUAAAAGGUAAGGGAAAACAGGGUAUUCUUAGAUUAAUUUAUGUAAAUAGAGUCUAUUUUCAACUAAUAUGACUACAAGAGCCUUUUGAGAUUCAAUGGUAGUAAUCAAGUAAUGAAAUUUUAAAUGGUUAACAAAGUUAAGAACUUGAACACUUUUGGUACGACCACAUUUCUGUGUGCUACAGUAUGUAACGAGUUAGAAGUGUGUCAUACAUACACUACAACUGUACACAUUUUAUUUCUGUGGGGACAUCUUUACACUGCAGUGUACGUGGAUUUAAGCAUUUGUUAUCUUUUUUGGAAAUUUAUUAAUAUUUAUGAAGUUACAGACAUUCUCGGCAAGACUCAUUAAAAAUCUGUCUUAAAUGUUUAAUUUUGCUUUGGUUUAUAAAGAUUAAUAUUUUCUAAACAGAAUAGAUUUCUCUGAAGGCAAAUUUUUCAACACUCAAAAUUCAAAUUAGUGGAUGCAUUAAAUGCAACACUUAACUAAAGAAUAAAUUACAAAUUUUUUUAAAUAUAUACCUAAUCUUCAUAGAAAAUAUUGUUAUGCAUGACAACAGGCAUCCAUGAGACACUGAAAUAUGAUUAUAAUUGACUAUGAAAAUAUUUCUCCAUAGAAUUAUAUUUCUCCAGGUGCCUGGUAUAGUAAAUUAGACUCAGUAGCUUUUCUUUACUUUCCUUACUCAUUUUUCUCACUAACUUUUCCUAAAAUAUUGCCAUAAAACCUCAAGCUCAAAAAGUAAUUGUGAGAAAUAACUGCAUAAAAUGGCAUAAUGUAGUCCUUACUGAUUUUAAAAACUUAUUUGGAUCUAUGUACCUGAACCAAGACAGAGCCAUUAAAAACUAAGAAUUUUAAAUUUUCACAACUGUUCAUUCAGUUCUAAAGGAUUUUAGAUCUAUAUAUUUUAAUAAAAGUACCAAGUGAAAUAUAGCUAUGUGGGGGUUCAGUCAUGUAUAUACUGUUUUCUGUAUUAUUUACUUUUGACAUUCAUAACUAGCCUAUUUAUAUAGACUUUAAGAACUCCAUUUUAUGCUAAGCAAAAUGAGGUAUAUUUUCAAAGAAAAAUACACCAGCAUUUUUUCAGAUCAUUGCCCUUUUCUAAUUCCUCUAUGGCAAAUUUAUUAUGGGUAACUGAUUACACAUAUUCAUAUUUCACUGAUUUUAAGACAUCUGCUUUUUCAAUUUAAAAUCUUUGAAACUGUGAUGUAUCUUGUAAUUGUUGGCAUCAUAGAUCCAGGGUUUAAAAUUGUACUUGAAUAAAUAUUACACUAAUUCAUCUUUAAAUAUUUAUGGGUAUAGGGACAUUACUUUUCUUGGAAGUAUUUGAAAACCCAUUUAUGACAACAUAAUUUUCAGUAUAAUUGAAUCACAUACAACUCAACAUAGAGCCUGAGCUCAGAUCCUGUAGACCUUUCGAUUAUAAAACCUCUUUGAACUUCUUGCGUAUACAUUAUACUAGUGGCUAUGUUUCAGCAAAUCUAACUUAACUGACAGGAAUGGGUGGGUUUCUCUCAGUUUUGCUAACAAAUUUUUAUUAUUUCUAUUCCUUUCUAAAAAAAUACUUCAUAUGAUCAUCUCACUUUUACACAAAAUUAACUGGAAAAUAUUACAUGAAACCACUAUAAUUAGAUUUUGCAGCAUCUUGUAUGUCUUAUGUCAAUGACAGGAGAAAACUAUGAUACAUCCUAUCCGUGCUUUGGAAAAAAACUUUCAAGUCCUUCUACUUCUUUGUUUGUCUUUAUAUUUCUGUUCAUUUAUUUGAUUUUUUUUCUUUGGCUCUGAUAAACUUGCCCUAUGUAAUGACUGCCAUAAAACUGCAUAUUUAAAUUAUUUGAAAUAUAUGAAACAAUUGUUCAGCUAUCUGGGCAGCUGUUAAUGAAAUACUUGAGAGUAAUAACACUACUCUUUUAUCUACCUGGAAUACUUUCCUGCAUAAAAUUUCUCUUUGUAAGCUAACUCUAUUAGUCAGGUUUCUAACCUCUACAACCUACUUUAGUUGAAAUUUUCUAACCUGACAAUAUCAAAAAACAAAAACACUGCAGUCAUAAAAGAUGGAAAAUGUGUGAUUUGUAUAAAGAAACUUUACUAACUUUACACUGUACCAUAGAUAAAUGUGAUUUUGAUAAGAAAUCCCCACAAUGACAAGUAUGGUACAUAGAUUUUAUUUAGAAUAUUGAAGUAUAAAAUAUUUUAAUUCUAAAUUAUAAGAAAAUACAAAUUUGCACAUAUUAAUAUAGAAGUUCAUUUUGUGUAUAUUUAACAUAACCUUAAAACUAUUUUCCAUUUACCAGUUACUCAUUAAAGUUUUUUAAACCUCUGCAAAAAAAAUUUUAGAAGUGUUUUUAAAUUAUCAGUAACAUAACCUUAUUUGUAUCAUUUAACAAGUCCUGACUUUGUUUAAAAAAAUUUAAUACAGAGUGUAUUUUUAAAUUAAAAUAUUUGAAUAUAAAAUAGCUCUAAGAAAUAAUUUUUAUUAAACAAGUUUCUUAUUAUUUCUGGCUUUGAAUUAUACAUGAAGUUAAAUUUCCCUAAGUGACAGGAGAUUGGGGAAUGUGGCAAUUUCACAUAAUAUACUAUGAACCUGUUCAUAUAAUUCUGAUUGACUACUAACUUCUGUUUUAUGUAUUUAUUAAAGAUCUGACACUGUAGUUUGUUGUGAGAUGUUUAUUUUUCUAACAGAGCUUAUAACAGUUAUGACAAGGCAUUUACUUAAUGCAUCAUUCUGUUUAAAGGUAGUUGUUAAUCAGUAUGAAAUUUUAUGUUUUAAAUAAAAAUGUAAAGAUCUAA